CACAAGGCAAAACCACCCAGUAACACUAGCUUUCUUUCUCAGAGAAAAACAGUAGCUUUCCAACUAGCUCCUUUCACAAUCCAUCAAGAAGAUCGACGAGAACAUAUGGAGAGGGUGACGAGGCUAUCGACGGAGAAGGCGGUGGUGAUCUUCACGCCUAGCAACGACUGCCCAAUGAGCUACACAGUGACGACCCUCUUCUCGGGCCUCGGCGUUUGCGCGGCCGUGCACGAGCUGGACAAGGACCCCCGGGGCCGUGACAUGGAGCGCGACCUCGCCCGUCGCCUGGGCCGCACGCCGGCCGUCCCGGCCGUCUUCAUCGGCGGCAAGCUCGUCGGUUCCACCGACAGGGUCAUGUCGCUGCACCUUGGUGGGAAGCUGGUGCCCAUGCUCAAGGCCGCCGGGGCGAUCUGGCUCUGAGCCUGAGAGGCUGAGAGAAGCAUCAAGUUAACUCCCACGUAUAAGUACCGUUAGUAAUCAAAAUUUUACACUGCAUGCAUGCGCGCGUAGAGAGGUUUGGUUUGUAUUUUGCCUACUAAACCAUCCUCACAUGAGUACGUAAAUGAAGACGGGAGCACCAGAAGUUUUGGCCUCUAUCGAUAAGGGAAUGACAAAGCUGCGUAUCUUUAUAUGAGAAGUGGACUUUUUCCCAUUGCACCA